CAAACCAAUGAUGAAUUAAAACUCUAAUUGUAACUGUUGCUAAUUAAUUUCUAACAAUUAAUAGAUGGAUUUGCUACUGGUAUCAAAGGAUUAGAAUGUCAAUUUACCGAUGGAUUAUGUGAUUGGUUAAAUGAUACCAAUAGUUGGCUACUUGGUGAUUAUAAUGAUGUUUCCUUUGGUAAACCAAUUGAAGCCUCUCUAAGUGGAGGUUAUGUUUAUGUUGGUGAAGAUAAUGUCAACCAUUUCCAUCAACUGGUGUCACCCAUAAUAGAGGAAGAUGUUGGUCCUUUUUGCUUCUCAUUCGGAUAUUAUAUGUUCGGGUCAAGUGUUGGUCAACCUAAGGCUGAUUGAUGAUAAUGGGUCAAAGUCUCAAUGGAUUGAGGUUGAUGAUGAUGUUUGGAAGAGGCAAGGUUCACAAUUUGAUGACUGGUCCAUUGGUAAAUAUCAUUUUGACCCAAAGAAAAAGGUGAAAGUCCGAAUCGCUUUCGUAGCUACAACCCCAAACAUUGCUAUUGGUCCCAUUAAGGUCACACCAGGUUCAUGUGAUUAUGAAGAUUUUUGUGAUUUCGAAGAUUUAUCUUCAUGCUUUUGGACUAUCGAACCAGAUUAUCGAAGUAACUUUGCCUGGUAUAUUUCGGAUGGUAAAUCAAGAGAUUCGGUGAAAGUUGUAGACACAACAACCUUAACGGACUCAGGAAAAUAUCUAAGAACACCUAAUGAUGGUCAGAAAGAUAGUAAAAGUAUACUGGCCACAAACGUCAAGAUGAGUUCGAAUAAUGCAAAAUGUUUAACCUUCAAUUUAGCCAAACCACAUCAAGAUUCUGAUCUUGUAGAGGUCAGCAUUUCGAGAGGCAAUCAAUCCGAUACGGAGUUUAUCUGGACUUCAAGUUCAAUCAAAGCUGAAUCUAAAUGGUUGCCCAUUGAAAUUGAUUUAAAAGACGAACCUGAUAACUUUGAUAUCUUGAUUACUGCUCACAAACAAUCAGACGGAGUUCUAACUCAGAUCGCUAUUGAUGAUCUUCGAGUUAGUCCAAGCCCAUGUAAAAGUACCAUUGAUUGUACAUUCGAUAAUAUUAACUGUCACAUGAACAUAAUGUCAGGGCCGUUGCUCGUUGGUUUCGGGCGUUUAUCUAAUAGUCAAGCUCUGAAUUACUCGAUAACAUCAGCUGAUCAAGAUAACUUUUUCCUCUACACUGAUACACCCGUUGAAGAUAAAUCAGUUAAUUAUAAAUUCGUCAGUCAAAUUGUUCCUAAAACUAAUGUCGCCUGUUUAUCAUUACGAUAUUUAAUUGAUUCAAUCGAUUCCAAAGCGAUCGCCAACUAUUUGUUUGAAAUUAACGUUCUAACGGCUGAAGGCUCAUCCAGAAUAAAGUACGAACCAGCGGUCAUUUUCGGACAAUGGUCACAAGUCGAAUACACGGUUUCUGAUCCUUAUCAAAUUGAAUUCAGCCUAAUUGCUGAAUCUAAACUGUUCGCCGGUUUCGAUGAUAUUAAAUUAGUUGAUGGUGUUUGUGAUCCACAGAUCAAACCAGAUGAGCCCAAUAUUUACCUUCGAGAAAAUUUCAACGACAAAACCAAUUGGGUAAUAUGGAAAACAGCGGAGAUAAAAAAAUAUAGCAAUACACUAAAAGAUAACUAUCGAGGUUAUCCCCGGGCUGAUCCGUUCGGCGACAUCUCUGGUAAUUACAUCUCACUUUAUGGGGACAUCGUUGGUGUUAAACAGGCGAAAAUUGAAUCGAAACAACUUGAGAGUGGAUCUUAUUGCUUUUCUAUUUGGUCGUGGUGCACAUCUCUCAGUAAUAGUCGAAUCUUUAUCAGUUUAAUUGAUUCAUCUUCCGGCAAAUGGACUCCAAUAUUGGACCGAUCUUGUGAUUAUCCUAAUCAUUGGAAGAUUUUACAAGCAAGUUACCAUUCUAAUAACAAUUAUUCCAUCAAUAUUAUCGCUGAAAGUUCAGAGGGUUUGGUUGCUCUCGAAGAGAUGACAAUUUUCAAAGGUCCAUGUUAUCAGGAUCAUGUUAUCGAUGAGACUUGUACCUUUGACGAUGGCACUGAUUGUGGUGUUGAUGUUGUCACUUCACCAUUUUACAAUUGGCGGAUCGAGAAAGGUUCAUCUUUGUCAACACCGAUUGUCGAUAAAUCAACAAAUACCUUGAAUGGAAAAUCAUUGAUUCUUGAUUUGAAUCCGACGUCAAAAGUUAAUUCAACUUCUUACUUUUACUUGGCUAAUUUAAGAAAAGAGGACAGUUAUUGUAUCUCAUUUGCAUAUAUGAUUAAAGGUGAACACAGUUUGAGCAUUUGGAAAACGGAACGAGAGGAAAUUGACCUUUUAGCUGAUCCAUUGGUCAUUUAUGAUGGCAGUUUUGGUCCAAAUUGGUUUCAAGUUUUAUUUCAGGUUAACUCAGUUAAUCUCGAGUCAGACAUUGUCUUUGGUGGUUCUUAUUCAGUUGGAUCUUCCGGUUUAAUUGCCAUCGAUGAUUUAAAAGUAUCACAAGGAGAGUGUAUUUCAUCAGGAGUUCAUAACUUUGACAAUUUGUUCCAUUGGACUAAUCUGGACUUAGGGACAACUUUGAAUGUCGAAGGUCUCGAUAUUGGAUAUAAAGUUGCAAACAUAAUAUUAACUAGCACAGCUGAAAACGCUAAGACACUUGGCUACCCAAGAAAAGAUCACACUCUUGGUACAUCUGAUGGUGUUUAUGGGUUUUUAUCAUCUAUGGAAGAUCAUCGGACGAUAAUGGCUUCUCCUUUGAUCUAUCUUGGGACUAAUGAACCAACACUCUGUCUAAAAUUUGCUUAUGCUGGUGAAGAAAAUAACAUUGAAAUAUUGGUUGAACAACAAGAGGAUAAAGCUUAUAUUUUCAAGACUCUUGAUGCUAAGGAAAUGAGAACCUGGACAGAGGCUAGUUUGACCAUUCAACUUCGACCAAGUCCAUCACGAAUGGCUCGAGUGUACAUUGUCUCAUCGUCUAAGGGAUUAUUAGCUCUUGACGAUUUAUCUAUUCAGGUUGGCUCAUGUUCAACGGGUGAUACAUUUUUCACCUGUUCCGAUGCAACCAAAAUUCAUGGUUAUUAUCAAUGCGAUUACAAGAAAGAUUGUCCUAAAGGUGAAGAUGAAAUCAAUUGUGGUGGUUGUGAGUUUGAUUCCGAUGCUUGUGGAUAUGGAAGUAUAAAUGCUUUUGCAGCAAAUUGGAAGGUUAGAAACAAUUACAUUGAAUUGGAGCAAAAUCGACUGACCUUUGGCAUUGAGGCUACUAGUAGUAUCGCGAGUCCACCUAUUCAAGAGACUUCAUCAUCUUGCAAGAUUAACUUUAAUUAUGUUAAACAUUCAGCUGAUUUGUUGGUUGUUUAUCUUUCAAUGAAUUCAAAAGAAAUCCAAAUUUGGGACAGUUCGAUAGCAAUUGAGCAUUCUGGUUGGAAUCAGGUCACAAUUGAACUUGGAAGAAUUCGAAAUGAAUUUCAACUUGUCUUUAAGGGAACAACUUCUUACCGAGUAUUUGAAUAUCAACCGUUUUCCAUUGAUUAUGUUAGAUUUGUUGAUUGCGAUUUCAAGUCAACUGAUUUAGAAGAUCCAAAAAUUUUCGUCUGUUCUGAUGGUCAACGUCUAUUGUCCAGUUCAGUUUGUGAUUCUACUUUAGAUUGUCGUUCAGGAGAAGAUGAAGAUAAUUGUAAUAAUCAAGUUUAUUCUUUUGAAAAUGGAAUAUUAUCCCCAUGGUUCAAUGGAAUAAGCCCUGAUAGUAAAAAUCUAUGGUCAGUCUCUUCAGGUAAUGGGCUUGUCUCCAAUAAGCCAACACUCGAUCACUCAAGAAGACUACCUGAUGGUUCAUUUGCUUAUGUAACUGCAAUAGCGAUUUCACUUGGUGCAACUGAGCCAUUUAUUGGACCUCAACUUAAUUCAACUGAAAAUUGUAUCAUCACUUUUUAUUAUUAUUUGUCUUCUUCAUUAUUCCAACUCAAAGUUUUCCUUGCGAACUCUGAAAAUGAAGUUUAUCUUCAAACGAUCAGCCAACCAUCUGAUUUUGGUUUCAAAAAGAUUUCAAUUCCCUUGGAAUCUAAAAUUAUUGAGCCACCAUUUCAAGUUAAAUUCAUCGGAGAUUCUAAAUAUCCUUCAUCAUAUAGUUAUAUCGCUCUUGAUGAUAUCACAUUCAACGAAGGUUGUUAUGGUAUUAAACCAGUUGAACCAUCGCCUGGACCUAAGCCCGAACCUGAACCUGAAAAGUAUUGCAAGGGAAAUGAAUUUCAUUGUAAAAUCGAUGGUAAAUGUAUUCCUAUUGAUUCAUGUAACUAUAUCUCCGACUGUUCUGAUGGUGAAGAUGAAAAAUAUUGUGGCUCUUGUACUUUCGAUAAUAAUAAUCUUUGUAAUUGGAUCAACGAAGGUUCUAACCAAUGGAUUCCAAUGAAUCUUUCAACAGCACAACAAGAAGGUUUUUCUAAUGAGAUAAAAGCACCUAAUAAUUUACUCGUGGCAACGGGCUCAUCAUUGGCGGGAUCAGCGGCUAUAAGAUCACCCUUGUUGGGGAAAACAAGUUCGAUUUGUGUCUUCAAAUUCAAAUAUCAUUUAUCCGGAGAAUCCAAGCUAACACUGAGAAUAAGACAGGAAAAUUCUGCUGUAUCAAAAGUUAUCGAAGAGCUUAAACAUCAUUCAUCAUCAGAUUCAAAUGAAUGGCUCGAGGGUCUAAUAGAAUUACCUUCUCUCACCUUUGGUCAUUAUCUCCAAUUCGUUCUUGACACUCCACCUUCAGAUACAUUCUUGACCUCUUCAGGCUUAUCAGAUUUCGAGAUGUCACAUUGUGACCCUGGAAAAGUUAAUUUGGACUCAUUUAACUGUCUCUUCGAUGAGAACUCCUGUGGUUGGACUGAUUCGGGUUCCAAAGGACUUUCUUGGAGUCUAACGACGAACACUAGUCAUCAAGAUGAUCACAAAUUCGGCUUCGGUUCUUAUAGUAAUAAAGAUCAUCCCAAUUUCCUUAAUCUCGACAUCUCAAAUGAUCUUACUACUCGAUCGAUGCAAACUUUGACCUCACCCUGGCAAUAUGCGACUGAUAUAUUCUGUUUUUCUUUCGAUUACCGUCUAUUGGCUUUCGAUGAGACUAAAUUUAUGCUGAUAAUCAACGACGGCUCAAUAUUACGAACUCUUUAUAUGAAGAACGGUGAACCCAAUUAUGGUUGGAAUCAUGGUAGUGUCACAAUUAAGGGUGUCAGCGAAUUCCGUUUGAUUUUCCAAAUUGAAUUGAGUGCCAACUCAGAAGACACAGUAGUCUCUAUUGAUAAUCUCGCUCUUUCAACGGGAUCGUGUAAGGAACAUCAAUCGUCGUGUGACUUUUCAACUGGAACUUGUGAUUGGAUAAAUGAUGGUUGGUCGAUUGUUGAAAAGCAGCAAGUUCCUUCAGCCGAUGGUCUGAAUCGUGAAUACUAUCUAAGAAACUAUGGCUCUCGUUCAUCAAGUUUGGUACUUAAGGCCAAUAACGAUGAAGCGAAGGAUAAAUGUCUAUCUUUCUGGUAUUUGCACACAUUCAAUUUAACUUCAGAUCUUGUGGUUAGCUCAAUGGAAAAAGAGGAAAUUUCCGCUUCAGAAAUUGUUCCAAAUCAUGAAUUGGCCAAUAUUUGGUCUUAUUAUCGAACCUCAGUUAUGACUGGAGGCGAUUAUGGAGUUGAAAUUCAAGCUGGACCUUUAGAAUCAUCUUUCGAUACAACCGCAAUCGAUGAUGUGACAAUUUACAACGAACCCUGUAAACCUCCGGGUAAUUGUGACUUCGAAUAUGAUUCAUGUGGUUGGCAGAGUAAAAAUGUCAUUAAAUGGAGACGUAACUUGGGUGUCACUCCAUCAACUGAUAAUUCACUUGCUGAUAAAAUGAACUUCGAUUCAAGAAAAUGGUUUAUAUUUGUUCGAGCAGCUGAUUUGAUCAAUGGACAAAUAUCGACACUAGAAAGUAUCAGGUUAACAUUCACCUCACCUUAUUGUAUUUCAUUCAAUUACCUAUUCACUUCUGGUACCUUGAGUGACACUAAAAUCUCAGUCAAAAUCCUCGAUACUCUUACCGAUAAAACUAACGAAUUAUUUAUUUUACCUGAUCAUGGUACAAACGAAUGGCAAACAGUUGAGAAGACAAUUAGACAAAUCAAUCCAUUUAAAGUACAAAUCAUUGCCUCCAGCAAGGAAAAUCAAUCAGGUGAUAUUGCAAUAGACGAUAUUAAGUUUACACAAGGUAAAUGUUCAAGUGAUGUAGAGACAACAACACCACCACCAGCACCAACAACAAAACCUUCAACAACCCGACAAGAAUCAACAACUCGAACCAUUGAAUCGACAACAAUCAAUGAACCAACCAUAAAACCAUCAACUGAAUCAACGAAUCAUUCAGAAAAUCGUUCAGCCUCCGUGUUAACAGCUAACACAAUUAUGUACAUAAUCAAGCAAAACUCUCACAUUAUAAUUGGUACAGUUGUCGCUGCGAUCAUGUUACUUUUCCCAAUGGUUUUUGUUGCUCGAAGCUUAAUGAGGACAAAGAAAACGUAUCAACCUAAUGAAUCAAUCUCUGCGAGUAAUAAAGUCUAUGAUAUUAUUUUAGGAAAUACCAAAAGUUUAGAUCAAAUCUAUGAGGAAGUUGAUUCUUCAGGUUCACCAGUUCAAUUUGAGAUGCGAAACAUUUCAUGAGCUCAACGAUUUCCAACUCAUUGUAAUAUAUAUUAA